UCCUCCUCUCCCACCACCACCACCACAUCAACCUCCCCCCUCCCCUUUCCGUUUCCCACCCCCCUCACCGCCGUAAUCCCGACACCCCUCGCCGGCGCACGCGAGAAGAGUAGUGCUAUCUCCGGGGUCGGAGGCGCGGGGGACGUGUGAACUGCUUUGCGAUCGCCGGCGGCGGUGCUGGUGGUGUUCCGGGCUAGGCUGCGUCGGCCGAUCGGCGGGCGGGCGCACGCACGCACGCGUCGCCAUUGGCGGCGAGCAGCGCGUCCCCACCUUUGCUGCUCCGCGCGUUUGCCGACGCGAUGGAGGCGGCGGGCUACUACAACUGCAAGAAGAACGACGGCGGCAUCUGCGGGGGCGUCUGCGGCGGCAGCGAGAUGGGAUUAGGUGAAGUUCAAGCUUGGAUGCUUCUGGCGCCGGUAGAAUCUCGCGAGCUGGCCGAAUUGCAUGGUUCAAAGGCAAUUCUGAGCAUGUCAAGGUUGAAGUGUGCGCUUCGGGGGUUUGAUUUGAGGGCACUUCUGAUCCUCUUGAUUGGUGUGCCAGCUCUAAUAUUCAUUAUAUAUGUUCAUGGCCAGAAGGUGACUUACUUUCUUCGACCGAUCUGGGAAAAACCGCCAAAGCCCUUCAAUGUGCUUCCUCACUACUAUCAUGAAAAUGUCUCGAUGGCAAACCUAUGCAAGUUGCAUGGAUGGAAAGUCAGGGAAACUCCACGCCGUGUUUUUGAUGCUGUGCUUUUCAGCAAUGAGCUUGACAUUCUUGAUAUCCGUUGGCAUGAGCUUAGCCCAUAUGUGUCAGAAUUUGUGCUGCUCGAGUCCAACUCAACCUUCACUGGCCUGAAAAAGGAUCUCCACUUCAAGGAAAACCGUCAACGCUUUGAAUUUGCUGAAUCACGGUUGACCUAUGGUAUGAUAGGUGGAAGAUUUGUGAAGGGGGAGAACCCAUUUGUCGAGGAGUCAUAUCAAAGGGUUGCUCUUGACCAGCUUAUCAAAAUUGCUGGAAUCACAGAUGAUGACCUUUUGAUCAUGUCUGAUGUUGAUGAGAUCCCCAGUGGCCAUACAAUCAACCUCUUGAGGUGGUGUGAUGACACUCCUGAAGUGCUUCAUCUCCAGCUCAGGAACUAUCUUUACUCAUUUCAGUUUCUCCUUGACGACAAGAGUUGGAGGGCUUCAAUACACAGAUACCGGGCUGGAAAGACGAGGUAUGCGCAUUUCCGGCAAACAGACGACCUUCUGGCCGACUCAGGGUGGCACUGCAGCUUUUGCUUCCGGCACAUAAAUGAUUUUGUCUUCAAAAUGCAAGCUUACAGCCAUGUUGACCGGAUUAGAUUUAAGUACUUCUUGAACCCCAAAAGGAUUCAGCAUGUGAUAUGCCAAGGAGCUGAUCUUUUUGACAUGCUUCCCGAAGAGUAUACAUUCCAAGAGAUCAUUGCCAAGUUGGGGCCAAUCCCUAGCACAUUUUCAGCUGUUCACCUUCCUGCUUAUCUGUUGGAGAAAAUGGACCAGUACCGCUAUCUUCUUCCGGGCAACUGCAUGCGAGAAAGUGGCUAGGGAUGAUGAUUUGCAUUAUGAUCUGAUGCACAAUGCCCCUUUGGAGGAACAUCGCGCCACAGCGUGUAGCUGAUACGAUUGACUAGCUUAGUUGAGCGACCAAUUGGUGGUUGGUUUGAGUUCAUGAUUUUGUACUGUGUAGUUGGAAGGCCUAACAGCAUAGCGCAUGCUUGGGCGUGCUGCGUGCUUGUUUUGCAGAGGAGCUCGGCAGAGUGUGCUUAUACCACCCGAGUUUAUUCAUUGCUCCCAUGAUUGAUAUAUGAACUCAAAACUAUUUGUAAAUUGUGAACUGAGUGACACUCUAGAUCUGGUCCAACUCCAUGGUGUACAUCGUCAUUUACUUACAGAUGAGAUACUAGUACCAUUUUUCUCUUCUUGACCC